GUGUAGUUCCUCUCUUCACCGAUAGGGGCGCUGACGGGCAGGCUAGGCUCACUGGUCAUAUGACAGCGGCUCGUGCCGCUCACUUCCCCGCUGGAAAAAACAUUAAAAAAAAAUAUAUCAGAACAGGGAGGAAGACACAGAUACCACCGUAGUGGAGCGUCGCUGCCAAACGUCAAGAUGCUGGCACUAAUAAAUCGGCUUUUGGACUGGUUCAAGUCACUGUUUUGGAAGGAGGAGAUGGAGCUGACGUUAGUCGGCCUGCAGUACUCCGGAAAAACAACAUUUGUAAACGUGAUCGCUUCGGGGCAUUUCAGUGAAGAUAUGAUCCCUACGGUCGGCUUCAACAUGAGGAAGGUCACUAAAGGAAACGUCACCAUCAAGAUCUGGGAUAUAGGAGGGCAGCCCAGGUUCAGGAGUAUGUGGGAGCGGUACUGUCGGGGAGUUAAUGCAAUCGUGUACAUGGUUGACGCUGCAGAUCGAGAAAAGGUGGAGGCAUCCAGUAAUGAGCUUCAUAAUUUAUUAGACAAACCUCAGUUGCAAGGGAUUCCUGUUUUGGUACUGGGUAACAAAAGGGAUCUCUCCAGUGCUUUAGAUGAAAAACAACUCAUUGAGAAAAUGAAUCUAGCAGCUAUUCAAGACAGAGAGAUAUGCUGCUACUCCAUUUCCUGCAAAGAGAAAGACAACAUUGACAUCACACUUCAGUGGCUCAUCCAGCACUCAAAAUCUCGCCGGAGCUGAAUGGAGAUGUUUCCCAGCUGUAUUUGCCAUAUUACUGUCACGUCAAACCCUUCUCACUCUGCAGUGCUGUCCAGUUAUAUUCCUGCUUCACACUCUGCACUGUUCUGCUUGUUUCACACUUGUGUUUUUGUUCCUUUAUUUUACAAGCCCAGAUAAUGCACUACUUAAACCUACCAGAUGUAAGGAAUGAAAUUGGCAUUAUACAUCUUGUAAAGCUGUACUUUAACCAGGAUAAGAAACUGUUCUGUUGUUUUCCCCCUGCAAGCAUUAACCACAUGGGUUUGUAGCAUACCAUUAAAUGAGGAAGGUGUUAAUUUGGUUAAACAGACUUUGAAAUAAGAAAUGUUGCUCAUACU